UUCUAACUUCAUGUUUAAGAUCCCGGUUUCAUUUUGUUUAGGCAGCACGCGUUGAGGUUAUUUAUCUCCAAAAAUGGCAAGUGACACGAAAAAAGACAAAAAACUCCGCCCUGAAGAGAUUCUUGCCAGUUUUAACCAACUAAGACGUGAACAAAGUGUAAUUGGAAGUAAAUUAGAUGAAUUAGAGUUUGAUUUAAACGAACACAAGCUCGUUAUUGAAUCUCUAAAAACCGUUGAUGGUGGUCGGAAAUGCUUCAGAUUGGUCGGAGGUAUCUUAACAGAACGAACGGUUAAGGAGGUUUUACCAGAAGUUGAAGAAAAUAAGACAAAAUUGGAGGAGUUGUCAAAGAUAUUUCACGAACAUCUCAUUGCAAAAGCACACGAAAUUUACGAUUUUAAAGUGAAGAAUAAUAUUCGUAUUCAUGGACCAGAAUCUUUGAAGGAUGAAGUCGAACCGGAAUCGUCUAGUGCACCUAAAGAAGCCCGAGGAAAUGUUUUAGUCUCUUAAAAAUAUUUAAUUCUUAAAGGACAACUAAAAAGGAAAAUUAAUAAUAAACCUAUUUAACUUUUACAGUAAAUUUAAAUUUUUAAUUUUAAGGUUGUAUUUGAUUUUAAUUUCGCUUUGUUAAACGCUUAUAAUAUGGAAAUUAACAUGAAAUAAUAAAGUUAUUUUCGAACGCUU